GCGACUAACAUAUUGGUCCAAUACGGACACUAAGUGAAACUUUAAUACAGGGUUAUCCAUAUCAAAUGACCAUAACGCUCCGAACUGACGGUGACAGUGGAUCCAUCAUCGUUUUCGAAGAAGUAAGGUCACAGUCGUUCUAUCAUCGUUUUCGAAGAGGCGUACCAAACAGUGUUUAUUUACGUACCCACCGAGUGAGUAAUGUGAUUUGUCGCUGAAGAAAAUUUAGUUUGAAAAAUCGCCGUCCAUUGCCGACACGUUGUGCUGGUUUCAGUUAUUGUAUGUGGAUGUAGGUGUUGAUCCAAAUGCAAAAUACGCCAUAAUGUGCCGUAAGACAGUCCUUAUUCCUGAGAACGAAGAGGAAUCGACACAUUCGGGUCUUCGGUCUUUUUUCUUCUACUCUGAACGUCGAACUUGCCGAGUUGUAGAAGCUGAGUAAGGUCAAUGAUUCUCGAGAAUUUUCUCCAGAUGAGUCCUGAAACUAAAGGACGUUCUUAUCCCUCUACCUUCCUAGAAUCAUCGCCCAUUCCCACAUAAACAAGGCAUACCAGCCUACGUUUAUGUCACCAACUCCCAUCCCACCUCCCACGUUGUAAUGGCGAAAAAGCUAGCAGCGCUCCUAUCUUCUAUGCUCCUUCUCACUCUACUUAACCUAGCUGAAUUACUGUUACCGAAUCCCAAUCUUUUCCUUACAUAUCAGAAUGAUGAUUUGACGUCAACUGACUCCUCAUCCUAUCUCUUCCUCCCCAACCACUUCUCAUCUUUAUUGCCUGGAUCUAAGAUGUUAAACGACCCGUGCCGAUCAUCAGCCCGGCUGGGGGCUCAAUUUUAAAAUAGCCCAGUCUCUAACGGAGUAUCCGGAUACCUGGCGACCUUCGGAUUAACUAGGCAAACAAAAAAAAACAAAAAGAACGAUGAGACCGGUAUCUCUUCAGGACCAGGCGGCAAUUUGGCGUCAAAGCCUGUUGCCGUACCUCCUGCAGCCACCACAGAGAAGGGAGCAGUGGCUAACCAUGGACCCUCCUCUGCUGUUGGUAGCAACGAGAAUAUGAAGGUAGCGAUACCUAAUUUCAGUAGUGGCAGGGUUGUGAAAAAUGGCCCUACCACUACUAAUGUACAUCCAGAAACUUAAAACUCAAAAAGCCUUUAUAGACAAAGGCGGCAAGCGGCGAAGGGUCUUUAUAGGAGUGCCAUUGUGGAACUCAAUAAAAAAUCCUUGGCUCCUCUAGCCUUAAACGAGGGCACUAUAAGCUAUGGCUUCGAAUCUAUAAAAAAGAUGAGGUUAACGCGGAAAGCGGGCCUCCAAAAACAACCGAAGGUGAACUAGCGGUUGGUGGGCCUGGGAUGUCGUCUCCUCUCCUUACAGAGGGUGACGAUGUACACAUGCCCUCUCCAAUCGCGACUCCACCCUCUACAAAAGUCGUAGACAGUCCAUCCUUAGUGGAGACUGAGGACGACCUUAACAUAAUCCUUCUGAGCGAGGAAGAACUCUUGGGUUCAUUCUCAGACUCAGAGGAUCAGAACAAAACCGUGGUGAAGGUUGAUCUGCCUAAUUUUAGACAAAAUGUUGCAGUUAGUACAGAUUAAUCUCCAACACUCCAUAAAGGCCUCGGUCUUACUUCUUCUAUAGGAACUCAUUACAGAGUUUACUAGAACCUGGACUAUCUAGUCCUUCCUCUAAAGCUAAUGAACUUGACAACAAAGUCAAUGACCUUACCUCAGCUAUGAACAGAUCGCUAGAAAUUGCUUGUCCACUUAUACACAUAAGUGGAAAGAGGAAACCCCAAUGGUGGGCGUCAGAGCUUGACUCGCUCAGGAAAAAAUGCAAGAAACUUUUCAACCGGGCCAAAGCCGCAAGACUAGCCUCUCACUGGGACUCUUACAUAGAAUUCCUAAGAAUCUACAAGAAGGCAAUAAGAAAAUCUAAGCGAUCUUCUUGGCGAUCCUUGUGUGACACGAUAUAAGAAACUUCUAAAGCCUCUCGGUUACGGAAAAUUCUUUCAACGGAUCUACCGAUGCCAAACUGCUUGAAAAAUGCAGACGGCUUCUGGACAAAUUCAAGUAAUGCAUCGCUGAACUUACAAUUGGAUACUCAUUUUCCUGGUAGUUCUCUUACCGAAACUUGCAACACAUAUAGGUAUAUACGUUCAAGUCCCAAUACAACAUAUCCAAUAGGUCUGAUCUCAAGGGAUAAGCUACAAUGGGCUCUCAACAGCUACAAACCUUUUAAAUCUGCAGGACCAGAUGGCAUAAUACCAGCCGAGGUAUAAAAGACUUCUGACACAUGUUGCCUCGGCAUGGAGAGAAAUUAAAGUUGUUUUUGUACCCAAGUUAAAGUUGUUCCUAAAGAUCUAUGACCUAUAAGUCUAUCAUCAUUCCUUUUUAAGACCUUGGAAAGAUUGAUUGAUAUCCAUUUAAGGGCAAGUAUUGAUACAAGACUUCUGUUUUCGUCUCAACAUGCCUACUGUAAAGGUAAAUUGGUGGAAACAGCGUUACACACUUUGUUACUCACCGUAGAAUAUUCCCUCCAUCAUAAAGAGUUCUUUCCUUGACAUUAAAGGUGCCUUUAACAACGUGGACACAUCUGCACUAACGUCUCUAAAUGUAGACGUCUCUAGCAGAAUAAAUAACUCAAAACUGGUCAACUCUUCUAGUAAACGAUUUGUUAGCAGAGGGACAGCGCAACUGGAACCUAGUGGUGAACUAACUAGUCUGGAUGGGAGGGCUUCAGAGUGAUCGCCUAUGCGGACGACGUUGCUAUAGAAGUUUCAGGAAAGCAUCUUAACAUCCUAAAAGAACUCUUACAAAAUGUCUUGGACAGACUAAUACUUUGGGCUGAUCGGUGUGGACUGGGUGUUAACCCACACAAAACCGAUCUGGUCUUAUUUUCGAGGAGAUACAAAAUUCCAUUUGUCAACCCUCCCUAUAUUAAAGGAAUCCAAUAAAAAUCUCAGACGAGGCUAAAUACCUGGGUCUUGUCUUAGAUAAAAAACUGAAUUGGAAACGCAACGUUCAGGAAAGAAUCAAAAAAGCUACUAUAGCUCUCUUUUCUUGCAAAAAAGCUAUUGGUAAUACAUGGGGUUUACAAUCCAGAACCACGCAUUGGCUAUGCACAUCGGUAAUCAGACCGAUUUUAAUGUACGGUGUUGCAGUAUGGUGGACUGCUUUAGAUAGCAUGAGCGGAUCGCUUUGCACGACCCCAUCUCCGGCGCUGGACACCGUACUCUACCUUACACCUCUUGACAUAUUUAGCAAACAAAUAGCUGCAAGCUCUGCUAUUCGCAUCAAAGCUCCGUCGCAGUGGACUAACAACAACAUUGGCCACUCCGUAAUUCUUAGGUAUUUAGAAUCAAUUCCAAAGCACACACACUACACCAUCCCCCAACUGCAAUUCGACAGAAACUUCCAGAUUUCUAUACCUUCCAGAUCUUUCUGGGAGGAUAGGGCAUUCUUGGAGGAUGACUCAAUCCAUUUUUACACAAAUGGGCUAGAAACAAAAGAAGGGUUUGGUGGAGGAGUGUACUCUGAACGACUGAAAUUAAGUCUCUUAUUCCGCCUUCCCAAUCAUUGUAGCGUGUUCCAGGCGGAACUUUUGGCGAUAAAGGAAGUCUUGUCCUGGCUUAAAGAAAACGUCAUAUCAACAUCUGAUAUCCGUAUUUUCUCAGAUAGCCAAUCCGCUAUCAAAUCUCUGGACUUCGUCUCUACAAACUCUAUAACAGUCCAUAACUUUCGAUCAUCUCUAUUGGAGAUAGCAACAGUUUAAUAUUCACCUUUGCUGGAUGCCGGCCGGGCCAUAGAGACAUUCUAGGUAACUGUAAGGCAGAUAAACUCGCCAGGAACGGUACAGUACAGCCCAUCCUACAACGUUGUUACUAAUGCAGGACGCUGUGAGGAGGGCAGGCACCAGGUGGAACAACAUCACUACGUGUAAAGUCACAAAAAAAUCUGGCCAACACUGGAUUUAAAACGUUCAAGGUUCUUGUUCUCUCUAAACAGAUCGCAUAUAAGCUCGAUAAUAGGUGUCAUAACCGGACACUGUCUAAUAGGAAAGCACGCCACGAGACUAGGCGUAUUCUCAAGUGACUUUUAAAGAAGCUGUAUGGACGAGGAAGAGGAAGAAACAGUUCUUCAUCUUCUGUGCACAUGCCCUGCUCUGGCUCGAAAACGCAAGAAUUACCUAGGAGAAUUCUUCUUUAACGAUCUAAAUCAUAUCAGUAUAAUCAGCCUCUCACGUUUCGUAAGGGACUUAAACUGGAUCCAUUGAGCAUAGGAGGAAGCCUCAAACCUGUCAUCUUGGACAGCCACUGUACACUAACCUAAGUGAGGGUUGUAAUAAAAAAUAUUAUUCCAAAUUAAAAGCUAUUUAUAUUUUUAUUUCAUCGUUCAAUAAUUUGUCUCUAGUAUGUGACCCAAGUAAGUUGAGGGUUGUAGCAAAUUGGUCCCAAUAUUCCAUUUGGGUUUUUUUUUUGAAGAACCAAACUCUUCAACAACUUUCGCUACAUUCGGGUUUGAUUCCAUUUGUUCGACUAAUAGAGUUACUAAAAUGUUUAAUUCUUGGAUCUCUAUUAAAUCGUUAUAUUUGCCAGAUAUGACGAUACCUUAUAAAAUCAAUGUUAAACAAACUUAAAGCUUAGUCUUAUUACCUAAGUUAUUUGAUUAUUGCCAAUGAGCAUGUUUAUAAUCGACCCAAAAGGUUAAGAAUUCCUAUCUAAAUUCAAAUAUAUUCACUUUUUUUAACGAACAAAUAAUACAAAAUGAAUUUUGGAACUACAUAAAACAUAAUAAUAAGGCAAUGUUUUAAUAAUUGUUAUUUAUGCUCAUGCCGAUGCCAAUUGCCCAUCCCUUUUAUCGGGUUGCCUUUCCAAUGCCAUUUGGGUGAAUAGCAUUGAAAGUCGAAAGAGAAUUUAUUUGUUUUGCAAAUUAUUAUGCCAACCAUUUACGCUACCAGGCUCUGAAACCCUCGGUUCUCUCUCUUCUUUCCCAUACCGAAUUAAUCUCAAUGUUAACAUUAUUAUUAACUUAAAAGAAACAAACACAAGCGAACAACAAAACAAUAUGACUCGGAAGCAAACAGCAGCAAUUCCACUAAAUCAAUUCCACCACCUACGAUGAGCAUGUGGUUCAAAUUACAACCCUCUUAAAAAAAAAAAAAUGCAAAAAAGAACCAUCCCCUCGCAAAGGUUGAUUAUUUCUUUAUCGGUUCCAUAAGUAAACCUCCGAACUCGUUGCUUUCCAUUUUGUUCCUCAUGCUAUGAGUGAAACACCGGGGAUACCCGAAGACUCCACUCAAUUGUUGAAUCGAAAAUGAUUUUUAAUUAGAUUUGUUAGAAAAAAACUCACAACUAGCGAAGCCCCACAAAAACAAUAACUACGAUGACCACUACCACUACUGGAAACUGGUGCUGAAAGAAAGGCGCCAGAGAAAAAGUUUGCAGUUAGUUUUUUUUCUAGAAGGAGCGAGAAACAUUUUUUGACUACAUUUAGUGAAAGUUCGUUGGACGCUAUAUUCCUGGUGCCUUUUAGAACGAGUAGUAUACCCUACACAAUGGGCGAUUAUCAGGAACAAGAUGUGGUUGGAAAUCAAAUUGUGGGUGCUGUGAAGGUUGGUGGUUGGCGUUACGAAGACCAUUCACGUUAUAUUGGAGAAUGGAAUCAGAGAGGACUACGACACGGUUUAGGUCAUUUGCAACUGCCUGAUGGAACUCGUUAUGAUGGUAAUUUUGCCAAUGGACUAUGUACAGGACUAGGAUGUCUGUGGUUCUCAGAUGGAUCCAAGUACGAAGGUGAAUUUCAUCAAGGUUGGUUUCAUGGUUAUGGAAUAUUCUGGCGUUCAGAUGGCAUGAAAUUCGAGGGUGAAUUUCGCGGCGGACGUAUCUGGGGACUUGGAUUAGUAACAUUCCAUGAUUUUACCCAUGGAUUUCCACGAAACGAGGGUUACUUUCAAGACUGUCGACUCAUUCGCAGACGUCGAUGUCCUGAUGUUGUUCAAAAAGCUCAAAAAACAGCACUCAUGGCGAGAUCACAAGUUGAUCAUCCAUACUGAAGAAACCCCAAGAGCUAAAUAUUGUUACGUUAUCAAUCAAAUAAUCUAGUUCAUCAUCUGAGGAUAUUUUUCAUUUUAUACGACUUUAAAAUUGCUGUUGAAUUCUAACAUAUACAUAAAUCAUAAAUAUAAAAGACCAA